AAAUCGGAGAAACUUGGGUUUCCCAACAUGGCGGCUUCCCGGAGGCCCGGCUUUAACGAACGGGGAGGAAAGUAGGCGCAUUCUGUGCGCCGAGGAAAAGGAAACGAGCCCGAUUCAGGCCAGCGGAAGCCCGGGAGACAAACAUUCUUGUUCUUCUCCACCUCCUUCAUUUUAUCUUCCCAACAACCUUGUGAGGCCCUGCUCCGACCAACCGGAUCCCACCCACCCGGGUGAAUCGAACGCCGGCCACCAUGGCGAGCGGGAGCGGCCUGCGGGACCCUGGCCUGUCUUGCAUGAGCAUCGCCUCCCAGUUCUUUGCCGGCGAGGAGGCUGCCAUGAUCGACACCAUGACAACCUCCGAGAGGGUCGUGGACUUGCUCAACCAGGCAGCCUUAAUCAGCAAUGACUCUAAAAUCACUCUUCUCAAGCAGGUCCAGGAGUUGAUCAUCAACAAGGACCCGACGUUGCUGGAUAACUUCCUGGAUGAGAUCAUCGCCUUCCAGGCCGACAAAUCUGUCGAAGUGCGGAAGUUUGUCAUUGGGUUCAUUGAGGAAGCCUGCAAGCGGGACACGGAGCUGCUGCUCAAGCUGAUCGCCAACCUGAACAUGCUCCUGCGGGACGAGAACGUCAAUGUGGUGAAGAAGGCCAUCCUGGCCAUGACCCAGCUGUACAAGGUGGCGCUGCAGUGGAUGGUGAAGUCCCGCAUGAUCAACGACAUGCAGGAGGCCUGCUGGGAGAUGGUGUCGGCCAUGGCCAGCGAGAUCAUCCAGCUGCUGGACUCCGACAACGACGGGAUCCGCACCCACGCCAUCAAGUUCGUGGAGGGGCUGAUCAUCACCCUCUCGCCCCGCAUGCCCGAUUCGGAGGUGCCCAAGCGUCACGAGAACGACAUCAGCCUCGACCGGGUCCCGAAAGAUCACCCCUACAUCAAAUACAACUUCCUGUGGGAAGAGGGAAAGUUGGCCCUGGAGCAGCUCCUGAAGUUCAUGGUGCACCCGGCCAUCUCCAGCAUCAACCUGACUGCGGCGCUCGGCUCCCUGGCCUCCAUCGCCCGCCAACGGCCCAUGUUCAUGUCGGAGGUGAUCCAGGCUUACGAGACGCUGCACGCCAACCUCCCUCCGACGCUGGCCAAGUCCCAGGUCAGCAGCGUCCGGAAGAACCUGAAGCUCCACCUGCUGAGCGUGCUGAAGCACCCGGCCUCCGUGGAGUUCCAGGCCCAGAUCACCACCCUGCUGAUGGACCUGGGCACCCAGCAGGCCGAGAUCGCCCGCAACAUGCCCAACCUGAAGGAGCUCCGCAAGCGCCCGCGGGACGAGGGCGACUCGGCCUCCAAGAAAAUCAAGACCGAGCCACCCCUCGGGGAGGACGACGAGGAUAAGGACCUGGAGCAGGCGGCCGUCCCCGCCCAGAAGCCCUCCAUCCAAAUCAGCACGCAGUCGGAUAUCGACAUCACGGCGGAGUUCCUGCAGCCCCUGCUGAGUCCGGAUAACGUGGCCAACCUGGUGCUCAUCAGCAUGGUGUACCUGCCCGAGAACAUGCCGGCUUCUUUCCAAGCAACCUACACCCCGGUGGAGUCGGCCGGCACGGACGUCCAGAUCAAGCACCUUGCCCGGCUGAUGGCCACCCAGAUGACCGCGGCUGGGUUGGGGCCAGGCGUGGAGCAGAUCAAACAGGCCAAGGAAGGGGCCAAGGAAGAUAAGCUCCUGAAGCCGGAGAGCAUGUUGAUCAAGAGGCGCCUGUCCGCUCUCAACCCCGGCCAGGCUAUCUCGGUGGUGGGGGCCCAGGGCAGCCCCAUCCCCACUGUCACGGAGCUGGGGGCCCCGCAGGCCAAACGGCGGCCGGAGCCCAUCAUCCCAACCACCCAGCCCAGACUGGCGGGCACCAGCGGCCGCAAGAAGAUUUUCCGCCUGAGCGACGUGAUCAAGCCCCUGACGGACUCGCAGAAGGACAAGCUCAAGAUGGCCUCCGUGAAGCGGAUCCUGCGCUCCGAGAAGGCGGUGGCCUGCAGCGGCGCAGCCCACGCGCGGGUGAAGAUCCUCUCGUCCCUGGUGACCCAGUUCGAGGUCCCUUUGAAGAGCGAGGUCCUCUCCUUCAUCCUGGACGACACCCGCAACCGGCUGGACCUGGCGUUCGCCUGGCUCUACCAGGAGUACAACGCCUACCUGACCAACUACCCCUCGGGCUCCCUGAACAACUACGACGACUGUCUCAUCGGCCUCCUCUCGGGGCUGCAGGAGAAGCCGGACCAGAAGGACGGGAUAUUCACCAAGGUGGUCCUGGAGGCCCCGCUGAUCACCGAGAGUGCCCUGGAAGUGAUCCGGAAAUACUGCGAAGAUGAGAGCCGGACGUACCUGGGCAUGUCUACCCUUCGGGACCUGAUCUUUAAGCGCCCGUCUCGGCAGUUCCAAUACCUGCACAUUCUCCUGGACCUCAGCUCUCACGAGAAGGACAAGGUCCGCCAGCAGGCCCUGCUCUUCAUCAAGCGGAUGUACGAGAAAGAUCAGCUGCGGGAGUACGUGGAGAAGUUUGCGCUCAACUACCUGCAGCUCCUGGUGCAUCCCAACCCCCCCUCGGUCCUUUUUGGAGCAGACAAAGACACAGAGGUGGCCGCCCCUUGGACAGAGGAGACCAUCAAGCAGUGCCUCUACCUCUACCUGGCCCUCCUCCCCCAGAACCACAAGCUGAUCCACGAGCUGGCGUCCGUGUACACCGAGGCCAUCGCCGACAUCAAGCGCACCGUCCUCCGGGUUAUUGAGCAGCCGAUCCGCGGGAUGGGAAUGAAUUCCCCCGAGCUGCUGCUCCUGGUGGAAAACUGCCCCAAAGGGGCGGAGACUCUGGUGACCCGUUGCCUGCAUAGCCUAACGGAUAAAGUUCCCCCGUCUCCGGAGCUGGUGAAGCGUGUUCGAGACCUGUACCACAAGAGACUGCCAGAUGUCCGAUUUCUUAUCCCCGUCCUCAGCGGCUUGGAAAAGAAAGAAGUGAUCCAGGCUCUUCCAAAGCUCAUCAAACUGAAUCCCAUCGUCGUGAAAGAGGUCUUCAACCGCCUGUUGGGAACACAGCACGGUGAAGGCAACUCGGCGGUUUCCCCGCUGAACCCCGGAGAGCUGCUGAUCGCCCUUCACAACAUCGAUUCCACCAAGUGUGACAUGAAGUCCAUCAUCAAAGCCACCAACCUGUGCUUUGCCGAGCGCAACGUCUACACCUCGGAGGUCCUGGCGGUGGUGAUGCAGCAGCUGAUGGAGCAGAACCCGCUGCCCAUGCUCCUCAUGCGGACCGUGAUCCAGUCGCUGACCAUGUACCCGCGCCUCGGUGGCUUCGUCAUGAACAUCCUGUCCCGCCUCAUCUUGAAGCAGGUGUGGAAGUACCCCAAGGUGUGGGAGGGCUUCAUCAAGUGCUGCCAGCGGACCAAGCCCCAGUCCUUCCAGGUCAUCCUCCAGUUGCCCCCCCAGCAGCUGAACGCCGUCUUUGAGAAAUGCCCGGAGCUGCGGGAGCCCCUGCUGGCCCACGUCCGCUCCUUCACCCCGCACCAGCAAGCCCACAUCCCCAACUCCACCAUGGCCAUCCUGGAGGCCAGCGGCAAGCAAGACCUGGAAGGGAAAGACCCUCAGCUGCUGGAGGAAGGGCGGGGCACGGCUGUGCCCAGGAGCAGCAAGGCGCCGAGGAGAGAGAGAGAGGCCCCUUCUCUCCCCGCCCAGGAGGACGUGGAGCCCCUCCCCCUCCUGCCCCGGGUGUCGCAGGACCUCAUUGCCCUGCGCCUGGCCCAGGAGAAGGCCCUCAAGCGCCAGCUGGAGGAGGAGCAGAAAUUGAAGCAGCAGCUGCAGCAGCCCCCCCGCCCGGCGGCCCCGCCCACCCCGCUCCCCCCCGCCGAGGGCUCCGUGGACGAGGACGUGCCGGAGGCGGAGACGCCCACCAUCUUCAUCAGCGUGCCGGAGGAAGAGGAGAGCUUCGGGGCAGAGAGCUCCCUGCUGGAUUCCAGCCUGGAGGGGCCCUGGCCCGCCAAGGAGCUGCAGAGCAAGGAAGGCGGGACUAGCAGCAGCAGCUCCGACGAGGGGUCCGCCAGCAAGCCAGUCCCGGCCAAGCAGGGAACCCCGUCUCCAGAGGAGCCAGCGAUGGAGACGAAGACGGCUGACCCGAGCUCACCCACCCCGGAGGAGAAGGAGGAGGAGAAGGAGGAGGAGCAGCCACUGCCGCCACUGCCACAGCCCACUGUAGAGCAAGACAAGAAAGCCGAGAGCUGAUGCUUCAGUCGAGCGAAGGCCCCAAAGAAGCAUGGGCCGGAGAGAGACUUUGG